GGGAAACAGAGAUGAUGGCACAACAGGUGGAUAUCUGUUCAACAGUGUUCUUCACAUCCUGCAGCUUUUGGUCUGCUAGAGAAGACUGGACUUGAUCAUUUCUGCCACUGUGGACUUCUCUACUCACUAGAACAUGCUUGUGAUUUUCUAGCAACAGGAUUUCUUGAUGCCUCGGUGUCUCCUCUCUGAGAAGUGAUUGUUGAAGCUGCUUCUAGUCUGACUGAGGCCAAACUCACUGAAGAAGAUAGAAGGAUAUACACAGUCAGCUUCACAAUCUGGAUUUUUUUCAUGGACUCUUAAACCGAAAGCAUAAUUGGAUAAAAUAAAGUAUCUAUAAAAAAAGGUGAGGUCAUCAAAGAAGUAAUGACAUGUAACAACGUUAUUUAAUACUCAGUAAUGGCACUCAAGACCUUUUUGCCCCAAAGAAGGCACAGAGAGUUGGAUGUGGGAAAGUCUGAAAGGGAGGAAGAUGAGGAAGAAGACACUGACUGUUUGCAGGAGUUCUCCCGCUGCCCAGUUUGUAACCAAGAAUAUGAUGUCACCCUGAUCCUUCCAUGCUCUCACACCAUGUGUGGUCACUGUAUAGCAGCUGGUGGGAGAACAAGUUCAGGUCAGUUUCUCCGCCGUGGUGUCAGCCUGUCUGUUUGCUCUGUGCUGUGCCCCUGCUGUCGACAUCCUGUGGAGCUGCCAUGUUGGACCUGGUCAUCUGCCACUUCUUGUCUGCCAAAUCAUCCCACGCUGAGUCCUGAGUAUGUCAGGGAGACAGGCACCAAGGAGGGAUCAUCUGCAAAUCAUCUUCAACAUGUGCAGAGGGACACACAUUGCAGCGACACAGUUAAAGAAACAACGCAGCGCUGUGUACUCGGUUUGCGCUGAUGUUGUCAUUGCACGGGGGCAGUAUUACUGGGAGGUGGAUGUCUGCAACAGCUCCAUGUACAGGAUUGGUGUGAUUUCAUCAGAUGGUCAUGGUGGCUGGUGGCUUGAGAGACAGGGGAUGUCUUUUUAUGCAGUGUAUGAUGGGAGCUUAGAGCCAGUAUGCACUGUCCCACCCCAGAUCAAAACGCUUGGGGUCUUCCUAAACAUUGGAGGGGGGACCCUAAGCUUCCACAACCCUCUGACCCAGGAGCACCUGGUCACACUGCCUACCUCCUUCAGCCCCGCUGGAGUGCUCCCGGCUUUGGGACUGGGCCACGGUCGACUGAGGCUGCGCUGCGGCCUGCCUCCUCCUCCCCAUGUCUUCCUCAGUAGGGACUCAGCCUACAGGAGGCCGUGCGGGGCUGGAGUAGGCCGUUGGUGCAGGAAGAUUCCCUUCCAGUCUGUGAAGAAAGUGAUACAGAAGUUUGAGGAGCUGGCAGUGUCAGACUCUGACUCAGGCCUGGUGUCCAGUUAUGGAUUGUCCUGCUCCACCUUGGCUUCCCUUUCAGAUCUAAGGAUUCCUGGAUUGUUUCCCUCUGGGGAGGCAGGACAGGAAACUGGAGCAGAAUGAGAAGAGCUUUUGAAACUUUCUCUCCAUUGGUAACAUCACAAACAGUCCCACUGUUCUAUUAAGUGGUUUGAUCUCUGUCUGUCAUUUGAAAAGCUAAUUUUUCAUUUUGAAGGACUUUUGGCUGACUCUUUCACCCUGCAUGACCCCGGUCCGGCAAAUUGACUCUCUCCCCAGGACACAGGCCUUACUCUCAGCCAAACAACCCCCACUGGUUUGGGCUUUCGGGCCAGAAAGGGUCCUCUAUAAUGAGAAGUGUGAGGAGAGGGUGGGCUUUUAGCAGCAGGACUCCUUGAUUGGUCUCUGUGUGAUGUUUGUCAGACAGUAGGGGUUCAACUGUAGUAGUGCACACAUUACUGCAUGUGCGUAUGUGAGUGCAAGCACUGCUCCAAGUGUGUGCAUUUGCUCAGUCACGCAUACAUUUUGGUGUGUGUGAGCAAGCAAGAACAAUGUACAAGCGGCAGGGCGUGAGAUGACGAGGUGCUAGUACAGUGACACAAGCAGUGUUGACACAGAGCAGGGGGACAGGUGGUAACAUGAGUUUAUCCCGCGGCCGGCCUUUGGUAGAACAGUAGGGCUGCUCUUUUCUGACCCUUUGAAAAACACCGGACAUCCAAAGACUUCAAAAGGGGUGACAAAGAGCGGGGGAAAGGUGAGGGAGAAAGAGAAAACAGUAUGCAUGAAUAAAAAAACAGCAGGUGAUGAACUGGUACAAAAAAAGAAACAGCUUUCAUGAUAAGAAGCCCUGAAUAGAUCAGCGGGCUCAGGCCACACCAUCUGAGAGUUGGUUUUAAAGUAGAACUGAGCUGCAGAACACUUUACCUAAGAAAUGGGGAGGUUACAGUAUAGCAGUAAAGAAGCAUCUGUUGUCUUGGCACAAUAAAUGAUAAAAUUGGCCCAUAUUUUUAGUUGAGCACAAAUCGUUUUUGGUCAGAUGUUGAAUUACAGUGGUGUUUUAAUAUCUUUCUUUCCUAAGCUUUCAGAAGAAGGUCUCUUCUUCACUGGAUUUUAGCUCCAUACACCCAUGGUUUUGCAUGUUAUGCACAGAUUUUGGCAACAAUAUUAUGAAAGCGUAAACAUUUCCUCAUUUGCUCCUCAAUCCUCAGGCCUCCAAGGCCCAGAUGAAGAACCACUGAUGCCGAGGACUAUUUAAACAUGGCCCAUGUUCAUAUUGCCUCUGACAUCUUGACUUAUGGUUAAAUAAUGAGGGGACAAUUAAAGAAAUUCCUUUUUUUCUUCUCCUUUCCUGUUCAAUGACUGCUUGACUUUUUGGAAAGUUCACUCUCAAAGUAUUACAUCAGACCACCCAAACUGUGAAUCUCAAUGUAACAAGACAAAUUAAAAACCACCCUGCAGUCAGUCAGAAGAAGCACUACAGUGGCACUUCUGAGGACAAAUAAUCUGCAGCAGACUCGGGCCAGUUUUCCACUGAGCAUCCUUCAUUUCAUGCAUGCAUGAAAUCAGUUAAGCAGCGAGUCAGACUCGGCAAUAACCGUUGAGUCAAAGAGAAGCUUGGGAGACUGUCGCCUUUCAGACCACUCAUCAGGGUGACUGUGUGUUGAUGUUUAAUGGUCGAGGUAUUUACCACAGCAGUAAAAAAUGCAUGUGCUGUGACCGCACUCUGCAGAUCUAUCGGCUUUUACGUAAAUAGUGUGUGGAAGCAAUUUGACUCUUGUAAACAGGAAUGAGAGGGGUGAAAUGCAAAUUUAAAAAGGCAGCGGGGAGAGAGAAAGGGGGAGUCUGCCAGGAAGUACAUCUCUGAGGUACUUUUAGGCCUUCUUGAGUAUUAUUUUAAUUAUAUGUUUAUUCAAGAUAUGUAUUCAGAU